AUGAAGCAAAAGAUUGUGAUCAAGGUGAGCAUGUCGUGCGACAAGAGCCGGUCGAAAGCCAUGACGAUGGUCGCCAGAGCGAACGGGGUGAGCUCGGUGGGGAUAACCGGCGACAGCAAGGACAUGCUGGAGGUGGUCGGCAACGGCGUCGACCCGGUGUGCCUCGUCGGCUGCCUCCGCAAGAAGUACCACGACGUUCACCUCGUCAAGGUGGAGGAAGUGAAGGACGACAAGAAGAAGGAUGAGAAGAAGGAGGACCCGCCGCCGUACUGGUGGUGCCACGGCUACCCAUAUGGGCCAUACCCGCCGCCCAUGGUCGUGUGCGACGAGCCCACCACCCCCUGCGCCAUCAUGUAA